GAGGUGGCCAUGAUGCUUGAACUCCUGUCGUAUGCCAUCCUCUUCAUUGCUUCAUUUCUUAUUGUGAAAACAAUAAUCUACAACAAGAGCCGUCCCAAGCUUCCCCCAGGCCCAAUUGCCUUACCUAUCAUCGGCCACCUCCACCACCUCGGUCCCUUCCUUCAUCAAACUUUCCACAAGCUCUCGUCCCGCUAUGGUCCCUUAAUUUAUCUCCGACUUGGCUCUGUUGGGUGCGUCGUGGCUUCUAACCCAGAGCUUGCAAAAGAGUUUCUGAAAACUUACGAGCUGACAUUCGCUAACCGCAAGCAAACCGCUGCCAUUAACCACCUUACAUACAACUCUUCCUUUGCUUUCGCCCCCUACGGACCUUACUGGAAAUUCAUAAAAAAGUUAAGCACCAACAAGGUCCUAGGUAACCGAACUCUUAGCCAGUUUCUUCCCGUUCGGACCAAGGAAUUGCACCAUUUCAUGGAGUUUCUUCUUGAAAAGUCUAAAGCAGGCGAGAGCGUGAAUGUAACUCAAGAGCUGUUGAAAUUAACCAGCAACAUAAUAUCAGAAAUGAUGCUGAGCAUGAAGUGCUCGGGGAGUGGAAACUCCACUGAUGGGGUUCAAACUAUAGUGCGGGAGGUGACUGAGAUCUUCGGAGAGUUCAGCAUCUCAGACAUCAUAUGGUUUUGCAAAAACUGGGAUCUGCAGGGAUUCCGAAGGAGAUUUGAGGACAUACAUAGAAGGUAUGACGCUUUGUUGGAGAGGAUAAUAAGAGAUCGCGAGGAAGUAAGAAAAAGCAAGAAGAAGGGAAGAAAUGAGUGUUACCAAGGAGACAAUGUUGAUGAGGUCAAGGAUUUUCUGGACAUGAUGCUUGAUGUAUUGGAAAAUGAUAACUCGGAGAUGCAAUUAACCAGAAAUCACAUUAAGGCCUGUAUUAUGGAUUUCUUGACAGCCGCCACAGAUACAGCAGCAAUUGCACUUGAAUGGGCAUUGGCAGAGCUCAUUAAUCAUCCGGAUGUUCUAAAAAUAGCUCAGGAAGAGAUUGAUCAAGUUGUGGGGAAAAGCAGAUUGGUAGAAGAAUCUGACAAUCCUCGUCUCCUAUACAUCCACGCCAUCAUUAAAGAAACUUUUCGGCUUCACCCACCGAUCCCGAUGAUCAACAGAAAAUCAGUCCAAUCAUGCCAAAUAAUGGGAUACACCAUCCCCGCUGACAGUUUAUUGUUCGUAAACAUUUGGGCUAUAGGAAGGGAUCCCAACGUCUGGGCAGAUCCAUUGAAGUUUCAGCCUGAGAGGUUCUUGACAUCCAAUGAGGGAGAUAAUAAUUCAGGGCCUAUAGAUGUUAGAGGCCUCCAUUAUCAGCUGUUGCCUUUUGGUGCAGGGCGAAGGCGCUGCCCUGGUACUUCUUUAGCAAUGCAGGCGCUGCCCACCACUCUGGCAGCCAUGAUUCAGUGCUUUCACUGGAAGCCUGCAGCUACUUCCAAGAUUGGAGAUGGUGUUGACAUGUCUGAACGGCCUGGACUUACGGCUCCCAGGGCAAAGUGUCUGGAGUGUGUUCCAAUUGCACGCUUUACUCCCACUCUCUUUGCAACUUAAGCAAGAGACCGUUUACGUAUGAAUGAGGUGAGCCAUAGCUCACCAGACAGGGGAAAGACCGCGGUUCUCCUGAUUUCUAGGGUAUUAGAUCUGUUUCUUCGCGUGGUUAAUUGUUAAGAAUGAUGUCAAUGUGAUGGCAUGCAUAUUGGUAGAAAUAUAUGCUGAGAGUCGACC